AUGGAGUCACAGGUGAUGGAAGCCCAGCCACAUUAUUCUGGAGCUUCCAUGCAGGAGUCCUUGCCUGCAGAGUCCCUGCACCAAGACACUCUUUACCUCUGGGUCCUUGCUAUGUGUGGUUUGCAGCAGUUUCCGAGAGAGGGCGUCCUCCACCCAAGAGCUGGGGAGCCUGAUGGGGAACUUGGAACUCUCACUCCUCUGGGAGAACCUCUACAAUAUAAUUAUUUUCAUUUGCGGGUCACCCACCCUGUGGGUUUGGGGUUUAAUUAUAUUGCAAAAGUCCCCUCCUACCAUUUUACUGUGGCUUCUUUUUUUGUGUUUGGAUGUAGAAUAUUUGUUUUGGUAGGCUCCAGUCUGUUUUGUUUAUGGUUGUUCAGUAGUUAG